UUACGUUUCUGCAGAUAUGUGUUUUAAUUGAUAGUGAUGAGGUUAUCAUAAAGAUUAUUUGUUAUUUGUGAGAAGUAUCUUGUUUGUUAACCUUCUGUGCCCCCCAUGAACAUAUUUUUUGAUAUCCGUUUAAGGGAAUUUAUACAAAUAAACCACUGUGCCAAUUAAAAUUUAGUUAUAGUCGAGAUAUUUAAACUGUAGCUAUGGCAACAGGUGGUACUGAUCACAUUGCCCUAUUAUCUGUUUCCAACAAGAAUGGGUUAAUACCUUUAGCACAGAAUUUGUCGAAUUUAGGAUUCUCAUUGGUGGCAAGUGGAGGCACAGCAAAGGCUAUUAGGGAUGCUGGACUAUCAGUAAAAGAUGUGUCAGAAAUUUCCGGCGCCCCCGAAAUUUUAGGUGGUAGAGUUAAAACUCUUCAUCCUGCUGUUCAUGGAGGAAUUUUAGCCAGAUUAAUCCCUUCAGACUUACGAGAUUUAUCAAAUGAAAAAAUCAGACUUAUUCAGCUGGUAGUGUGCAAUCUUUACCCCUUUGUACAAACUGUAUCAAAAUCUGGGGUAACAGUCCCAGAUGCAGUUGAAAAUAUUGAUAUUGGGGGUGUCACACUCCUUAGGGCUGCUGCGAAAAAUCACGACAGGGUGACAGUUGUUUGUGAUCCAUCAGAUUAUGAUAAAAUAAUCCAAGAAAUAAAAUCUUCAUCAAAUAGGGACACCAGUUUACCCACAAGACAAACAUUAGCUUUGAAGGCUUUCACACAUACGGCUCAGUACGAUGACGCAAUAUCUGAUUACUUUAGAAAGCAAUUUUCGUCGGGUGUUUCUCAGCUACCCUUACGUUACGGCACCAACCCUCAUCAGAAGCCUGCGCAACUUUAUACCACAUUAGAAAAACUUCCUUUAGAAGUUGUAAACGGUUCUCCAGGCUUCAUUAAUCUUUGUGAUGCCCUUAAUGGUUGGCAAUUAGUGAAAGAGUUAAAAGGCGCUUUGGGAUUACCAGCAGCAACCAGUUUUAAACACGUAUCACCUGCAGGUGCAGCUGUUGGCAUACCUCUCGACGCAACUGAGGCUAAAGUGUGUAUGGUUGACGACAUCUUGGACCAAUUGUCUCCACUGGCUUUCGCGUAUGCUAGAGCGAGGGGGGCUGAUCGUAUGUCUUCCUUUGGAGAUUUUAUUGCUUUAUCAGACGUAUGUGAUGUUCCAACGGCCCGAAUAAUUUCGAGGGAAGUAUCUGAUGGUAUCAUCGCACCGGGUUAUGAUACUAAAGCUUUAGAAAUUUUGAAAAAGAAAAAGAAUGGAAAUUACUGUUUAUUAAAAAUAGACCCUAAUUACAUUCCCGACGAAAUGGAGAGACGAGUUCUGUUCGGAUUGACGUUGGAACAGAAAAGAAAUGAUGCAAAUAUAAAUGCAGAGUUAUUCCAAAACGUUGUUUCUACUGCGUCCGGAAAAGUGCUACCGGAUGCGGCUGUCAGGGAUCUAAUAGUUGCCACGAUUGCAUUAAAAUACACACAGAGUAACUCAGUUUGUUAUGCAGUCGAUGGACAGGUGAUUGGCAUUGGUGCUGGUCAACAGUCCAGAAUUCAUUGUACACGAUUGGCAGGUGAUAAGGCUGAUAAUUGGUGGUUAAGACACCACCCACGCGUAUUGGGAAUGAAAUUCAAAAAGGGUACCAAAAGGGCAGAAAUCUCAAACGCAAUUGACAAUUUUGUCAACGGAAGCAUUGGAAGAGACAUGGAUCGGACUACUUGGGAAUCUGUUUUUGAUGAAGUUCCUGUAGACUUAACAGACGCUGAGAAACAAAAGUGGUGUAGGGAGAUGCGUAACAUAGUGUUAUCUUCAGAUGCAUUUUUCCCAUUCCGAGAUAAUGUCGAUAGAGCACAUUUGAGUGGCGUGAAAUACAUAGCAAGUCCUUCAGGAUCUACCAACGAUUCUGUUGUGAUUGAAGCAUGCAAUGAACACGCGAUAACACUCGUUCAUACUCAAUAUCGUCUAUUUCAUCAUUGAAUUGAAGCAGUGAGUAAUCUUUUUUUUGUUCUAACAACUUUUUGUAUCUUAGCAUUCCUCUAAAAUAAACAAAUGAAAUAAUGAAAA